UCCAAUACUUUUUGAAGUUACAAGUUACAACCCGUAAAAACUCACCGGUCAUUAGGGAGCUUAAUCAAGGCUUCUAAUUUAGCCGGCAGCCGACGAGAAAGGAGAAAAACUGAGGAAAUACAAGUUUAGAAACAAUAAAAAUGUCGUCAAAAACCUAAAAAAGAACCUCUAAUCUUCAACCCCAGAUUAAAGACAGCAUCAAAGUGCAAAAUCAAUAAAAUCCCAACAAUGAUUGCUGCAUUGAGGGCGACCGUCUUUUCUGUCUUCUCCAUUCCCUCCAAAGGGGAAUUGAAUCAGAAUUACAGUCCAAUAGAAUCUUACCUGAGAAGUUGCGGUUCAAGCAACACUUUGCUGUUGGGAUCAAUGAUGACGCGACUGCUUGAACGAAUGGCUCCAUCUAGUGAUGAUGCUGCCUUUGCUGCUGCUCAAAAAGGAUCCGGGGGCCGUCCUCCAUGUUCUUCUGUCACUAAACUUCAGGCUGUGCUGGUAGCAGCAGACUGUAACUCGAGAUGGCUCACUAAGCAUCUGCCAAGCUUGGCUUCUUCCAGAAAUGUGCCAAUUAUCUUUGUUAAAGAUAAUAAAGAAGGUUCUCUGAGACUGGGUGAAGUUGUCAAGGUCAAAACAGCUGUUGCUCUUGGAGUUAAGGUUAAAGGAAGUAGUAUCAACCAACUUCUUGAAGAAGUUCUUCAUGAAAGGUCAAAAGAACUGAAUGCAUAGACUCCACAAAGCUGGCCAAUGUGUCUUGUCAGUUGUAUGCAGAAUGGAGACAACUUAACUCUCUUGAAUCAUGUAGGAGACCAUGACCUUUAACACAUACAUCCAACUAAGAACGCAUCAUGAGCUCAAACAGCAGCUGCCUCAGCGCAAGGGGAAUGUUCGAGCGGGGCUGUAGGAGGCCAAGUUUCAAGGAUUGGACAACUGCUGUACAAGAUGAGCAUGUUUUAUGUCGUCUAAUUCCUUUACUCAUUCUCAGGAAAAACAUGUAUUUGUAAAUGUGAUUAAAUACAUUAUCCACUGUACUGAGAUGGAUUGCUGCCCUCUUAAGGGGGAUAAUAGAUCAGUAGGCCAUAUAGGGCUUUGGGCAUUUUAAUCCAAAAUAGGUGUUGGUCCACCUUUAAGUUUCUUCAUGGACCAAAACACGAUGCCAAUGGGCGAUUUGGUUCUACUGACUUUUUUUUUUUUUGGAUUUCUAGGAAAUCAUUGUUCUAUGAAUUUCCCAACUCAAAAAUAACUCGGCUGAAACUUGAAAUCGGCCCAUACCAA